CAACCCCUCCCGCCCUCCCCCGCACCACAAAAAACCCAAAUCCAAAUCCAAAUCGAUCCCCGCUUCGCCAUUCCCCAAAUUUUCCAUUUCGAUUUGGAUGCUGCAAUGGUGCGCGAGCUCCACGCCGACUCCUUCUACGCGCGCCUCCGCGCCGCCGCCGUCGCCGCCGCAGCGGCUUCCUCCGCCUCCUCGUCCCCGCUCCUGAUCCUCCCGUCCGCGGCCGACGCCGACUCGCUCUGCGCGCUCAGGAUCCUCGCCCACGUCCUCUCCGCCGACUCCGUCCGCUUCUCCGUCUACCCCGUCGCCUCCACCGCCGCCGCCGCGGACCUCCUCGCCUCCUUCUCCCCCGAUGCCUCCUCCUCCCACCCGCCGCUCUGCGUCCUGCUCAUCAACUGGGGCGCGCGCUGCGACCUCCUCCGCGGCCUCCUGCCGCGCGGCUCCACCGCCUUCGUCGUCGACUCGCACCGCCCCGUGCACCUCCGCAACCUCGCCGCGGGGAACGACCGCGUCGUCGUGCUCUUCACCGCCGACGACGAGCGCGCCGCCGACCUGUCCUACGACUUCGACGUCUCCUCCCUCGCCGACGCCUCCGACCUCACCGCUGAGGGGGACGCGGACGGCGUCUCCGAUGAGUCCGACGAGUCCGACGCUUCGGACUACGACUCCGACGCCGAUGGCGGGCGGAGGAAGAGGCGGCGGCCGGCCGCGGAGACGAACACCAACGACCCGGUGAGGCUGUUCAGCAGGCUGCGCAGGGAGUACUACCGGCUCGGCACCUUCCACGGGAAGCCGUCGGGGUGCCUCAUGUACGACCUCGCCCACGCGCUGCGCAGGAACACCAACGACCUCCUCUGGCUCGCCUGCGUCUCCCUCGCCGACCAGUUCGUCCACGACCGCAUCACCAACGAGCGCUACCAGGCCGCCGUCAUGGAGCUCGAGCACCACGUCAACGGAUCCGGCAACCUCGACCCUUCCGGCCUCGGCUCCGUCGUCACGCUCAAGGACGGGACCAGGAUCCGGGCGCCAGAGACCUCCCGCAUCGCCUACGAGGACGAGCCAAGGCUCAUGCUGCUGCGGGAGUGGACCUUGUUCGACUCCAUGCUCUGCUCCUCUUACGUCGCCACCAGGCUCAAGACGUGGACUGACAACGGCCUCAAGAAGCUCAAGCUUCUUCUCGCCAGGAUGGGCUUCCCGCUCGCCGACUGCCAGAAGAGCUUCCAGUACAUGAGCAUGGAGGUCAAGCGCAAGAUGCGCCAUGAGUUUGAUCGCCUCCUGCCCGAGUAUGGCCUCACCGACUUCUACUACCGGAGCUUCCUGAGGGUUCAUGGGUACAAGUCCAAGGUCUCUGCUGCGGAUGUUGUGUACGGCCUCACAGCUUUGCUUGAAUCAAUGGAUGCUGAGUCCAAGGAGGAGUGCUCUGCUGCUGAGCAGUUCUGGGUUGCGUACUCUGCAUUGUCCGUGAACAAUGUGGAUCAGCUGCAAAAGGGGAUGCAAUCUGCAAUUGAGAUACAGAGGGCAAUACUGAGGCAAGGAAGCUCUGCAAUCACCAAGAGCGGCUUCAUACGGAGUGCCAAGAAGUUUCGGUGGGUGAAGCUUGAUGACCCAGUGGACACUGCCAAGUUGUGCCACCCACAGGCGCUAACCAAGUUCUGCUUCUUUCUAAUGGAUGCACUCAAGGAACGGGGUGCAAGGAUGAAGCCACUAGUCUGUGCUUGCUUAGCUGGGGACCCUGAGAAGGUGCUCGUAGUGGGGGUAUGCGGGAAGCCCAGGCUCGGAGCCAUUCAGGGGAAUGCGUUCGGCAAUGCAUUUAGGUCUGCGGCAGAGGAGAUUGGUGCAGACUAUUUCCAUGACAUGUUUGAGUCAUCAUGGAUUGUUCUUGAUGUUGUUGCUGUCAGUUCUUUCAUGAUUCGGCUAACAGAGAAGCUGUAAUGGCAUGCCCUCGUCUAACGCUAGCGAUCCUUUUCAGCCCAAGAGACUCAAGGCUCGAUUCUGAAUCUAAUAUAUAAAAGCUUGAAGUCUCAUGGUACAUGAUAUGCAUUUUCUUCCCCAUCGACCUGAUACUUUUCAUGAUUAUGUUUUUAAUGAGAGGAGAGAUUGUUCCACCGCUAAGCCACUUCAAUUAGCAAGUGAUAGGCCAAUAAUUUCAGAUGCAAAUGUUAUUUCAGAUGCAAACUCCCUGAAAAAAAGGUAUAUGCCCUUACUGGUAUUGUUAUUGUUGACCUCAUAGUGUAUGUCAUAUUUGUACUUGCAUAAGCCCCGUGCAUGUGCCGUAUUCGCUUUUUGUAUCACUAGAGUUACUGGAA